AUGGAGAACUCAUCUGCAGAGACUAAAUUCAUCCUUGUCGGAAUGACAAAUGACCAUCACCUUGCAGUCUCACUUUUUGGACUCUUUUUCGUAAUUUAUUUCAUCACUGUACUGGGAAACCUAGGUCUGGUGGUACUGAUUCAAGUCAGCCACCGUCUCCACACACCUAUGUAUUUUUUUCUCUCAAACCUGUCCUUCCUUGAUGUCUGUUUCUCUUCCAUCACAACCCCAAAGACUUUAGCCAACUUAUUAUCUCAGCUACAGGAAGUGUCUUUCUUUGGAUGUAUGGCUCAAAUGGGCUUGUUCAUAAUCUUCGCUUCUGCUGAAUGCAAUGUUUUGGCUUCCAUGGCCUAUGACCGUUACAAGGCUAUCUGUCGGCCAUUGCUUUACCAUAUUACCAUGUCGAGAGUUCGUUGUCUCCUUUUGGUAGCAGGGUGUUACUUUGGUGGGCUCCUUAACAUGGUGGUUGUGACAAGCUCUGUCACACAGCUGUCAUUCUGCCAGCCACAUGUCAUCUCCCACUUCUUCUGUGAUAUCCCUCCACUGCUGGCAUUGGCUUGUUCUGAUCCUUGGCUAACCCAGAUCUUGGUUGUUGGCUGUGGGGGAUUCACCCUUGUCACCUCAGUCACGGUAAUUCUUGUCUCCUACAUGUCUAUAUUCAUGACUAUUUGGGGUAUUCCUUCAGUUUCUGGCAAGCAGAAAGCUUUCUCCACCUGUAUUUCUCACCUGACCGCAGUUGCUCUGUACUAUGGAACAACUAUGUACACGUAUUUACAGCCCUCACGGCAUGGGUCUCAAGCAGGAAAUCAGAUGGUCUCUGUGUUUUAUACCAUCGUGAUCCCUAUGUUAAACCCUCUCAUCUACAGUUUGAGAAAUCAGGAAGUGAAAGCUGCCCUAAAGAGAAUAUUGAGGCACAGUCUCUAA